UUGAAGAAGACACCAUUGUUUGACUUCCACAGGGCACGUGGAGGAAAGAUGGUAGAGUUUGCAGGCUGGAGUAUGCCUGUGCAGUACAAAGACAGUCACAUCAGCUCUCACAUGCACACCAGAGAGCACUGCGCCAUCUUCGAUGUCAGCCACAUGCUGCAGACCAAAGUUCAUGGCAAAGAUAGAAUCAAGUUCAUGGAGUCUCUAGUGGUGGCAGAUAUUUCAGAACUCAAAGACAACCAGGGAACACUGUCGCUCUUUACCAAUGAGAAGGGAGGGAUCAUCGAUGACCUCAUUGUAACAAAAACAGAUCAGGGCUAUCUCUACGUAGUCUCCAACGCUGGUUGUGCCGACAAAGACUCUGCACAUAUGAAGGCCAGACUUGCUGAGCUCAAGGCCUCAGGAUCUGACGUUGAUCUGGAAUUCCUUGACGAAGCGCUGAUUGCACUGCAAGGACCAUCCAUGUCUCAAGUGCUGCAACAGGGCAUGAAGGAGGACCUCAGCAAACUGACCUUCAUGAAUUCUGCCCUGGCCACUGUCUUUGGCAUUCCUGACUGCAGAGUCACCCGAUGUGGAUACACUGGAGAGGACGGCGUAGAGAUCUCUGUUCCCAAGUCCAGAGUGGUAGAGCUGACUGAGAGGCUCCUGGCACACAACGAGGUCAAGCUAGCUGGAUUGGGCGCCAGGGACAGCCUGCGACUGGAGGCGGGCCUUUGUCUCUAUGGCAACGACAUAGACGAGAGUACCACGCCCGUGGAGGCCUCUCUCAUUUGGACAAUAGGAAAGCGACGUCGUCAGACAAAGGACUUCCCUGGUGCAGACAUCAUCGUUCCUCAGAUCAAGGAGAAGACCACCAGGAAGAGAGUCGGCCUGGUGUCGACCGGACCUCCUGUCAGACAGCACACACCCAUACUCAGUCCUGAUGGAAAAGUAAUAGGUGAGGUGACCAGUGGCUGCCCUUCCCCUUGCCUGAAGAAAAAUGUUGCCAUGGGUUACGUGGACGCUGCCUUCACAAAGAAUGGGACAGCGAUUCAGGUGGAGGUUAGGAAAAAAGCAGUCGCUGCCACCGUGAGCAAGAUGCCCUUCGUCCCGACCAACUACUAUUCUGUAUAG